AUGACGAUUUGUACUUGUAACGCACGUACGCUUGCAUCGCAAGCGGUCAUCGAAGAUCUGAUGAUGCAGCCAUGCAAGCAAGAGCAUGUGACAGUAGAGAAGUUGGUGGAGUUGUCAUCAACACGAGUAUGGCAAAGAACAUUGAUUCUCUGGAACAACUUGCGACCCAAAUCGGACGUCUGCGUGAGAAAAUGUGGUUCAAUGCCGGCUUUGACAAUCUUCGUCGCUUACGCUCCAACAUCAAUUUACGAAGAAGAAGUCGAUGCUUUCUAUAACAACGCUAAAAUUGGCCCGAGAAGAACCCUUGAGAAACUUCACAUCGGGAAUCACACAUCUUCACAACGUGGAGCAGCACGAGCCACAGACAACCAAGAACUCAUGUGCGAGCUCGCGAGGUUUUGCAGAGAGGCCAUAAAGGAAGAUCUUAGAGAAGAGAGGAGAGCAGAAGUGCUGGCUGAAGGCGGGAAAAAGCAUCCGCUAUGCCUGUCGAGACUUCGCGAAUCGCAAGACGAUGAUGAUUAUUCUGCAGAACAAGAAGAGAACAACCAUAGAGAAGGUGAAUGA